AUGCGUGAUAAUAUAGGCAAAAUUUUAGAUGAUAUUAUCAAGGAGAACCGGCAGAAGCAGAUGAGAGCAGAAGGAGGCAAGAGUGCUUCGGAGGAAGAAAAUCUUGUUCAGGUUCUUCUACGAAUCCAGCGAAGUGAAAACCUUGACGUCCCAAUCACAGCCGACAACAUCAAAGCUGUUAUUUGGGAUAUAUUCAUUGGUGGAACCGAUACUUCGGCAACAGUGCUGGAAUGGGCCAUGUCAGAAAUGAUGAAAAAUCCUAAAGUGAUGGAAAAGGCGCAAGCUGAGGUUAGAAACGUUUUCAAAGGGAAGAAAGUAAUUCGUGAUAGUGAUAUGAUUCAACUUAGUUACUUAAAACUAGUGAUCAAAGAAACUUUGAGGCUGUACCCGCCUGUUCCUUUGUUGGUUCCAAGAGAAUGUAGAGAAACCAGCAAGAUUAGUGGCUAUGAAAUACCCAUCAAAACUCAAAUUAUAAUAAAUGCAUGGGCACUUGGAAGAGAUCCAAAUUACUGGUACGAUGCAGAGAGGUUUAUACCAGAGAGGUUCCAAGGCAAUGAUUCUGAUAUUGAUUUCAAAGGAACGAACUUUGAGUACAUCCCUUUCGGAGCAGGAAGAAGAAUGUGUCCAGGCAUUUCAUUUGGCUUAGCAAACGUUGAGCUUCCUCUGGCUUGCUUACUCUACCACUUCGAUUGGAAACUCCCACAUGGGAUGGAACCUGAGGAUUUAGAUAUGACUGCGGCUGCUGCAAUCACAAACAAAAGGAAGAACAAUUUGUGUUUGAUUGCCACACCAUACAAUACUGAUUCUGUUAUUGGCAGCUCCUAG